UUGAAUAACAGCAUUAUAUACUCAUGGUCUCUGUUUUCACCAGCUGUAAUUACAGCUGAAUGAAUAGAGUGGUAACCUUUUAAUUGCAAUGGAACGUGUUGUGUUGCUGUUGGUGUGUGUUGCUCCUCUGGUUCGGUGCUACAGCUUGGGUCAAGUUAUGGACAGCUGUGACGACAUGAAACCCCACCACUCUGGGCUGAGCCGACAGACAGAACCAGCACCCUUUGCCGUCACAACGGAACACAGCAGCUACAGACUCGGAGAGGUGGUGAAAGUUAAGCUCCUGGCUCUAACCUCCACACCAUUCAUUGGUUUCCUGUUACAGGCUAGAGAGGUGGGGGGUCGAUCUCCUGUUGGCUCCUUUGCCCUGACAGCAGGGGCAGCUCAGCUCCUCAACUGCAGCCACAUACCUAACUCAGGUGUAUCCCACAGAUCAAACUCUGCUAAGGCCUCCAUUCAGGUGACAUGGAGAUCAGCAGCAUCUAGAGACGCAAAACCGAUUCAGUUCCGUGCUUCCUUCGUGCAGAAUUACAGGAUAUUCUGGGUUGACGUUACAAGUCCAGUCAUGACCUUCACUAAUGACAGUAAUGGUGGAUCUGCAAGUCUUCCCUCUACAACAACAACAACAACAACAACUAAAAUACAACAACCUGCACCACUUGUUAAGAGUAUCUCCAGUGCAGAUUGUGGUGUCACCAAGAUGUGUUUCAGUCAGCCUUCAAACUGUGACCCUGCAGCCAGUGCUGACUGUUAUUUCAUGUCAGCCAUGACAUUGUCUCACACUGAUGCAGCCGUCUGCUAUGAGAUGACAGGUCCUUCUGAUGGAUACAUCUCUUUUGGAUUCUCAGAUGAUCAGAUGAUGGGAAACGAUGACAUUUAUGUUUGUGGCAUAGGCAGAAAUGGCCUGGUGUGGUUGCAGCAUGCCUUUUCAACAGGACGAACAGCUCCACAAGCUAUUCCUCUGGGGAAUGUUUCUGAUGUAAGAGCAUCGGUGCAGGAUGGGGUGAUCAGCUGUUCCUUCACCUCCAGACAAAAUGUUUCUCCUCUAAGGACCACUGGUUUAAACAAAACCUACCAUCUCAUGUUUGCCCAUGGACCCAGCAGCAAUGGACGAAUCCAGUUCCAUACAGGUACCUUCAUCAGCACUGAAAAGGUAGACAUUUCCAGACCUCAACUUGUCAGAAAAGCUGGUUGGCCUCAUAUCAUCAAAGUACAUGGAGCACUGAUGCUGAUAGCUUGGAUGACCAUCGGAUCACUGGGAAUGAUGGUAGCUCGAUAUCUGAAAGGAGUAUCCAAAGGACAGAACCUGUGCGGCAAAGAUGUCUGGUUUCUGGUCCAUGUUGCAUUAAUGAGUGUGACGGUAGCAGCCACAAUCAUCGCCUUCAUCCUAUCCUUCUUAUACGCCAAAGCCUGGUCUGGGGGAACCCAUCCUGUGUUAGGUUGCCUGGUUAUGAUCCUUUCAUUCCUCCAGCCCACACUGGCUCUGUUGCGCUGUGGACCACAACAUCCACAGAGGUUUCUGUUCAACUGGUUGCAUGCUUUGAAUGGAGUGGCUAUAAAAGCUUUAGCUGUGGCAGCCAUAUUAACAGGCCUGAAGUUGAUUGACAGCACUCUGGACCAAUGGCUGAUAAAAGUGAUGGGUGGUUUCGUUGGCUGGGAAGCUUUGUUCUACAUACUGUUGGAGUUCCAUUUGAAAUGGAUGGUUAACAGUACAGGUACUUUGGAAUCAAUAAUGAUAAAAGUUGAUGUCCUGCUGAUGGCCCUGUUCUUCCUGGGAAACUUUACCUUUUUGGUGACACUGUUGGUUGGAAUCGGGAUGUCAUAAGAAGAGCAACAAUAGAGAAUAAAUUAUAUUAAAUGCUUGUACAUAUUGUUUUUAUUGUCUAAUUUGUAGGCCCUACCUCAAAAUAAAUAAAAUAAGAUUUACAAUGUUUUGUGUUGUAAAGCCACAUUUCUUUUUAAAUGUAGAUUGAAAUAGUUGUACCCUGUAUGAUAGUAAGUAAGAUAGUAAUUCACAACUCAAUUUAUGUAACCAUGCACUUUCACUCUUUUUUUAUUUUAAAGUUAUAUACUGUGCUGUCAUUAACAUUUAGUUAUUCUACUCAAGUAAUGCUGUCUCUAGGAUUUUAUAACACCAAUUAUCACUGACUUCAUUAUGAUCACAACCAUGUAUGAUGGCGAUAGACUGUAGAGAACAAGCAUAUUGUGUGCUUUAACUGCAUUGUUAACGGUCGACUUCUUUCGCAAUCAAAUUACUGUAAUAAAAA